CACAGAAUAAAUGUUACUUAUUCUGUGGUAUAAGCAAGCGCCAUCUUCCCUUUUAGUGUUGACUGUCAGACUGUGAGAACACGCGGUCAUCUUUAUAAGAUAAUUAAGUAUAAAAGUAUGGCCCCAAGGUACGAGAUCGCCGUGGGCCUGCAGAGAGGCCACAAAACGACAAAAAUUCCCUCAGGAAAGACCAAGGCAGACAAAGUCCGCCCCGCACGGUUGAAGGGGAUCCAAACCAAACACACGAAAUUCGUGCGCGACCUCAUCCGCGAAGUGGUCGGACAUGCCCCUUACGAGAAGAGAGCUAUGGAAUUGCUGAAGGUAUCGAAGGACAAGAGGGCCCUUAAGUUCCUCAAGCGUCGUCUGGGCACGNCUUCGUGUCUAACUCUCAAACCUCGAAGAAUCCCGACAAUAUCCUGGCACAUGGCACAUUCACUCGCGAAACGGAUAUCAACGAAUUUAGUCACUAAGUUGAUCACGGUGAUCAACAUUAGCCCGAUUAGUCACUUAUAG